AUGCAAGCGAGAAUGAUAAGGUACGACGUGGCCGGCCUGGUCGAAACGAGACGCCACCACCCACUCAACGCCGUCUCUGAAACCGGUGACGAACUGUUCCCCGGAACAUGCGACGGUAGAGGAGCCGGCGGUCUGGUCAACAAGAGUUUGUCCAUGAACAUCGAUUCAUUCGAACAACAUACAACUCGAAUCGGAUGUUUGCGGUUAAAAAGAUAUGGAUCAAUACCGGCUUUGACAACCUUCGUCGUUCACGCACCGACAUCAAACUUUGGCGAAGAAGAAGUUUAA